CGCAUACAAAGUAUAAGCAUACGGAUCAACAACAUACUCAGCGUUACCAGUGUCAAACUAUUGUCAGUUAGCUUGAUGUUAGAAAGGUAUCAGAUAACCAGAAGAAUACGGUUAGUGCUUCGCAGCAAAAACACAAACACUGCCUGAAACGAUGCUAUAGCAAAGCGGAAGAAGAGAGAAGUGAAACCUCUAGCCGGAGCAGCUGGGUAACGUUACACUUUUUGGAAGUCUCCCGAAACAUUUGACAGACUCUACCGUGCGUGCUUCCUGUUGUUAGUGUUGCUAUUAAAAUACCCAGCGACGAGGUACAAUGUAAGAAAUAUCGUGAAAGGAUACUCAAACCAAGGACAGGUAACAACAGGAAGUAAACAAACCACCGGACUCCGUGAGUCUGUUUUCUACAUGAGUCUGUUGGCAGAAUGUCGCUGAGUUCAGGCGGUUGGACUCACAGCCCUGGCUACCCACCGGACCAGUCCGCCGCCCUCCCCAGUCACUAUGGGGCCUCGCAGUCACAACUUGGCUGCCAAACCGUCCUUAUGUCGGUUCGGGUGUCGGUAUGCCAUUCUGGUAUUCGGCCGCUGUGUCUUCCCGGAGCAGGUGAUGAGUCAAUCCGCCUGCAGCUCAGUAUGGACCCGGGGAAAUCCGGGGAAUUCCGGCUGUCGCUCCAGGACAGCUGCGAGACUGGACGGAGUGUGACCAUCGCUGAAUUUGAUUUAAGGACGGUAAACUAUGAGGUGAAGUCACCAAAGUGCCACGAGCUGAGUUUGGCAGCACCCCCACAUGACCGCAUCAGCUUCAACUUCCGCUGUGAGCAGGAGGCCCGGGAGUGGGCUACAGUGGUGAUGUCCUCAUUAAGGGAAGCACAAAGAGUAGCCCCUCAAGAUGAUGGUCCUCAGCUCCCGCAGGAGGGUCAGAACACCUUAGCUUUGCAACAGACAGAGGAAGCCUGCAUACAGCUGACCCGAGCCAUAGAAGCAGGUGACAUGCAGUCUGCGUCUGUCUUUGCUGCCAAACUCGCCCGACAAAAUGCCACGCUCAAGAUUCGUCCCUCUGCCAGAGACUAUGAAGACAGUGAAAUCAACUUGGCGGUUGCAGUUGAGGAUUGUUCUUCGUCCUGUUGUGUCACUGUGAAAGUCUACCCACAUAUGACUACCGCAGCACUGAAACAGCAGAUGUUUCUUGAAUAUGGCUUUCACCCACGGGUGCAGCGCUGGGUGAUUGGCCAGUGUCUGUGCGCCGACCAGCGCUCUCUGGCCUCAUAUGGGGUUCGUCAGGACAGUGACACAGCCUUCUUGUACCUGCUGUCAGCCCGUCAUGCUCGCUUGACCCACCAAGUCCUCCAGCAGGACCAGGAGAGUGCCCUCCUCCUUAGUCCUCCAUCUCUGUCUCUCCCCACUCCUCCCCUUCCUGCUACCUCUGCAAAUGGCCCCUCAUCUCUGGGCCGGAGGGCUUACACCACCCUGCCUCCUAGACUCCAUACCAGCAGCAACACUGAGAGAGGAAACAUCAGUGAGAUCAGAGAUCUCAUCAACCUAGAGAUGCCUCAACUCAAUGAAGCACUAAGCCCCAACACAGCCUCCACCCAGGGUUGGUCGUGCCCUUCUUGCACUUACAUUAACAAACCAACACGGCCGGGCUGUGAGAUCUGCAGUACAAACCGCCCUGAGAACUACGUCAUCCCGGGGGGAUACCGACCUGAUGCACUGGAACUCAGACGGAUCCAGCAGGAGAAGGAGGCUAUCAGACAGUACCAGCAGGCAAGGGAAGAGGAGCGCAGGGAGAAUUUUGCCCGGCUAGUGAUGAUGGAUGGACAGGACCUGCUGCCUAACCCAGAGCCUGUGGACUGUAGGAUCUGUUACGUGGACCUGCAGCCUAGAGAGGGGGUCCUGCUCAGGGAGUGUCUCCACUGCUUCUGCAGAGAGUGCUUACGUUCAGUCAUCAUGCUGAGUGAGGAGCCAGAGGUGGCCUGUCCCUACAGAGAUGACACAUAUUCCUGUUCCUGCUCCAUGCAGGAGAGGGAGAUCAGAGCUUUGGUGCCAGCAGAGGAGUAUGAGCGCUGGCUGCAAAGAGGCCUGUCAGUGGCAGAGUCUCGAUGUGAGGGCAGCUACCACUGUGCCACCCCAGACUGUCCUGGCUGGUGUGUGUACGAGGACACAGUCAAUGUCUUCCACUGCCCUGUCUGCAGGAAACACAACUGUCUGAUUUGUAAGUCUAUCCAUGAGGGAAUGAACUGUAAGCAAUACCAGGAUGAUCUUGCAGCCCGCGCUAUAAAUGACUCUGCUGCUAGAAGGACAACACAUCUACUCAAGACUCUUGUGCAGUCAGGGGAGGCAAUGCACUGUCCCCAGUGUGGCAUCAUUGUCCAGAAGAGGGAUGGAUGUGAUUGGCUACGCUGCACUGUCUGUCACACUGAGAUCUGCUGGGUAACCAGAGGACCCCGCUGGGGACCUAGGGGUCCUGGAGACACCAGUGGAGGAUGUCGCUGCAAUGUCAACAAUCAGAAAUGCCAUCCCAAAUGCCAAAACUGCCACUGAGAAUCUCAAGAGUGGUCAGUUUGUAGAAGGGAAUGAAAGAGUCAAACUGAAACAAACUAUUCUCUGAAAUAGAAAAAAGAGGAUUAAGGUGAAUAAAAAAGUAUAUUUAAGUCAAAACUCCAGGAUUGUUACAUACAAUGCAUCUUGCUUGUUAUAACUGGAAAGACAUUCUCAAUUUUCUCUCAGCAAAUCUCUAACCACUAACUUGUUUCCCUUGGCUUUUCAGUGCCAUCAGAAUAACAUCAAUUAUAUGUUUUAAAUUGUACGGCGCUUAGCUCUGCCUCUCACAAACAGUUAAGAUGCAGGCCGUGUGAUUUGAAGUCAGCAUUAUAACAGUAUAAAUGAAGUUAUCACAUCUGACUGUAAUGAUGAGAAGUAUGGUUACAAGUAUGCAGGGAAAGAGUAUUAACUUUACAAUGAUUGCACUGUACAUCUAGCAAUACAGGUGUGUUGUUUUCUGUUUCGGUAGUUACAUACCAGGAUGCAUUAAAUUAAACUGAAGUGGCCUUAUUAUUGUGCACAAAAGCUGUAGCAGGAUAUUUUAUGAUGACGCUUUUUGUGUUCUUUUUAUAUGCAAUUUUUCUGCAUCGAGAUAGAUCAAACAAGUGUAUGGAGUUAUUAGGGGUGCACGAUUCAGAAAAUGUCACGAUUCGAUUUGAUAUCAAUUUUUAGGCUCAAGAUUUGAUUCAAAAUUGAUUUUCGAUUCAAAAACGAUUCUCGUUUAAAAAAAAACGAUUCACAGUAUGUAAAUGUAGUUACUUUUCCCAUGUGAUUGCAGUAGACCUACAAUAAAAAAACAUUUUAAAAAAUAUGAAUCGAUUUUUUGGAAUUCUAUGAAUCGACUUUGAAUCGGUAGAGCUUGAAUCGCGAAACAAAUGUGAAUCUUUUUUUUUUUUUUUGCACACCCCUAGGAGUUAUACAUGUUGUGUCCGUGUGAAAGCCUGACUGCAUGUGCGCCUUUGUUACCAAAGAGGUCUGAAAUGUGUCUUGAGUGUUAAUCGGAGUCUCGUGUUGUUUGAGGCUGACUGAGUGGAACCAGGCUGUUUGCAUUCUGUUAAUCUCUCACAAGCUUCUGUAUUUGACAAGCGGUGCAGAGGUCACUGAGGUACUGCUGACCAGCUGUGUGUUACAUGAUGAUGACAUCAUCAAUAAAUAGCAGAGGGAAUUGAUUAAUAGUCAGAUGUUAGAUGCAAUACUUGAAUACUUUCUGAGAAGGCACAUGUGAAUAUAUUUUGUCGAUAAGCUCCUAUUCCUGUUUAAAUAUGAUAUGGUGCAUAUGGUGAUGUUAGCCAGCAUAGGCUACUUAACAGCUUUUUUAAUAUGUGAAAGCUUUGUAACCAUGGAAAUAAUGUUUUUAAUUCAUCUAUGCGUGAAUUUGUUAUUCUAAUACAUUAAUGGAACUCAACAACGUAUCCUGUAUCCCCUUUACAAGGAUAAGAGCAUGUAGGCUCACCUACUGCACUCUCUGUUACCCAGACUGCCCUCGACUACACUACUGUCCCGCACUGACAAGCCAUUAUUAGGUCUUCACUGUUACUUGUGUUAAAAUAUCAGCUCUGUGUUGCUGAUUGUGCCUUAAAUAAAUACCCUUCAAACUCA